UGCAUUACUGUGUUGAAUAAUUUAAAAUAUUUGCUUUGCAUGAACUAAAUUAUAUGCUCAUUGGGUCAUGUGUCGUAUUGUUGUCGUGUUUCACGGAUUGGCGGCGGACAUCUUGCGAUAGGCAGUUGCCAUCGCGUCCCGAACUGCUAAAAGGCGAUCUUUGGAAAGGAUAUUUAAGCAGUAUUAUUUUUCAAUGGAAAUUCCCAUGAUGUCUGAAGAUAUUACUCUCACAGCGCAAUCUGCUGUGACUAAUUUAUUUACUAACUUUAAAGAGUCAUCUCCUGAUUUUGCUAGUGAGUGUGAAAUGUGUUUGCAGUACUUUGAAAAAUGGAACGAAGCAGAGCAGAUCGAAUUUGUGGAACUUCUUUUAACAAAAAUGCUGCAUCACCAGCACAGUCAUGUAAGUUCCUUUUUAAGACCAAUGCUUCGUAGAGAUUUUAUUUCGCUUCUACCCAAAAAAGGCUUAGAUCAUGUUGCGGAGAAUAUUUUGUCCUACUUAGAUGCUAAAUCGCUUUGCGCUGCCGAGUUAGUUUGUAAAGAAUGGUAUCAAGUUAUCUCAGAAGGAAUGCUCUGGAAGAAAUUAAUUGAAAGACGUGUACGAACUGAUACAUUAUGGAGAGGCUUGAUGGAGCGCCGAGGUUGGAUCAAAUAUUUAUUCAAACCAUCACCAGGUGAACCUCAUCCUGAUCAUAUGUUUUACAGACGCUUAUAUCCAAAAAUUAUUCAAGACAUUGAAAACAUAGAAACUAAUUGGCGAUGUGGUAGACAUACUUUAAAACGAAUAAAUUGCCAAAGUGAAAACAGCAAGGGAGUAUAUUGUGUGCAAUAUGAUGAUUACAAGAUCGUUAGUGGUUUGCGAGACAAUACAAUCAAAAUAUGGGAUCGGAACUCCCUUGAGUGCAUUCAAGUACUUACAGGCCACACUGGUUCAGUAUUGUGCCUUCAAUAUGAUGAAAGAGUUAUAAUUAGUGGUUCGAGUGAUUCCACGGUACGAGUGUGGGAUGUUAAAACAGGAGAACUCAUUAAUACUUUGAUACAUCACUGUGAAGCUGUGCUCCAUCUACGUUUUAAUAAUGGUAUGAUGGUAACUUGCUCCAAAGAUCGCUCCAUUACAGUGUGGAAUAUGGUUUCGCCGUCAGAAAUAACUAUCCAGCGUGUGCUAGUUGGUCAUAGAGCUGCUGUAAAUGUUGUUGACUUUGAUGAAAAAUACAUAGUUUCAGCAUCGGGUGAUAGAACAAUCAAGGUGUGGAAUACUUCAACUUGUGAGUUUGUCCGCACUCUGAAUGGUCAUAAAAGAGGCAUCGCAUGUCUCCAAUACAGAGACAGAUUGGUUGUGAGUGGAAGUUCCGAUAACACCAUACGGUUAUGGGAUAUUGAAAGUGGUGCUUGCUUAAGAACACUAGAAGGUCAUAAAGAGCUAGUGAGAUGUAUUCAAUUUGAUAAUAAACGAAUUGUCAGUGGAGCAUACGAUGGAAAAAUCAAGGUGUGGGACCUAGCUGCUGCGUUGGAUCCUCGUGCUCCUGCAGGAACCUUAUGUCUUCGCACGUCGGUUGAACAUUCAGGACGUGUUUUCAGAUUGCAGUUUGAUGACUUUCAAAUUGUUAGUAGCUCUCAUGAUGACACUAUUUUAAUAUGGGAUUUCUUGAAUGGAACUCCUCCCGAGACCCCUGCCAUGACUCUUAGGUCUCCGUCUAGAACGUAUACUUAUGUUCCAAAGUGAUUAACUAUGCCAUUUUGAGUUUGGACUAGCUUUAGAAAACUGCCACUGUAUCUUUCUCAUUAAUCAGUCUAGUGUUCACCUGCAUUCCACACCUUAAGAAGUGUAGACAAUUCUUUUCCAAAGCAGUAUUUAAAAAAAGAAUUUUCAAAUACAAAUGGUUAUGUACUCAAUAUAUAUAUAUGUAGUUCUUUGAAGGAAACAAAAUGGCAUAGCUUAUCUCCAUAUUAAUUUCCUAAAUCUUAAAUUUUGCUCUUUUAUCACUUUAAAAUGAUGGACAAUAUUUUGAAGUAGACUUAUUCUGUCACAGAAAUAUUAAAGCAUUUGUAAUAUUUUGACAUUUUAGUUGAACAUUGAACCAUACCAUGCUGUAACAUUUUAGUAACUAUAUAAAUGAUAUCAAAGGUUUAGAAAGGUGAAUAUUGUAAAAUAUUAGGCACAAUUAUAUAUGUAAGAUGUGUUAGAAAUCAUAAUGUAUAGUUAAAGACGGCUAAUGUAAUUUCUCAAUUUUUUCUUGAAUUUAUGGAUUUUAAAAGUUGUUUUUAUAUCAAAUUGUCCACUUUAUUUAAAUUUUAGCACUGGAAAUGAAUUGUUCAUUGUCAUUAGUUUUUAAUAACUUAUUAGACACAAUAACUAAUUUAUUAAUUGUAUAGAUAAGUUUUAAUGUUUCUUGAUUAAUUAAUAUUUCUUCUAACUGUGAUUUUAAUUCUUAAAUUUUAUACUGUGAUAUACAUUUCAUCUCAUGACUAAUUUUGAUAGAUUUUUGGCAAUUUUGUUUCUUGUCAAAUUUUAAAAUUAGCUUUCAUCUACAUUAUUAAAAUUUAUACCUCCUUUUUUCAGGAUACAAAAAAAAUUUUAUAAAACAUUUUUUGCUGGUAGCUUUUUUUUUUAUAAACUAUUU